UGAUAAUAAAGGUCUGGCUCUCCGGUUGCAUGUUGUUGGACACGGAACUCCGGAUGAGCGUAGAAACUGGCAGUGAGAGCCGGUUUAACUUUACCUAGACAAGACGAGGCGAGACGAGACGAGACGAGACGAUACUUGUCCUCUCGCUGAACAGGUUCAGUGGCCGUCAUGAUCAUCCAUAGCGGAUAAGUGAAGGGGUGUGUGUGCAUGUGGCCACAGGUGGCGCAAGAGGACCAUGGAGCCCGAUGUCAUCCAUUUGUACUCUUCCUCUCCUCCUCCACUGGAUGAGGCUGGAGAGGAAGAAGAGGAGGAUGAGUUUGGUGAGUUUGGGGGUUUCGAUGGUAGAGGGAUGUCCUCCAGUUUCUGCUUCUCAGAGCUCAACACGCCCACAACAUUCAACCAAUCAAACGCACUGGAGGACUCCCCACCUGACCUGUACAUCAAAUCUGUGCAGAACGUCACUGUAUCGGGGAGUGGAUGGGAUAACGAGAGAAAAAUGGUAGGAGAAUCAAUCAGCGGUGUCAAGAAAACAGAGAAGGAAUCGUCUGACAUUCUCACAAAUGGCAUGACGUCCUUCAACCUACAGAUGGAGCUCUCUGCUGAAUAUGGUCAGAACUCUCCCUCGAUACUUCCCGAUGUCCAAAACAGCAGCACGGGUGAUGGACACAGCCUCAGAAAUGGCUACAGUGGGUCUUCAAAUUCAGAGCAGGACAGAGCUCUUUCCACCUGCUUACAAAGCACAGACACUGAGGAAAGCUCUGGACUAGACGGCAGUGUAGCUGAUGUGUUAGACGGAAACCAGUUAAUUAACCAAAUGGACAUCCUGUCAGACUCGAAAAAUCACUUAUCGCUUAAAGAAGAAUCUGAACCUGGAGAGACAGAAACCAUACUGGAGUUAUGUGGUGACUCCCAGUCAUUUACUUCCUGUAGAGAUACGCAGGAGGCUGAAGGUGAGCAGGACCAAAUGAAGAACUUUGUUGUAUGUGGUGACGCAGGCUGUCUUGACAUAACCGAAACAGAGACGACCCCCUCAUUGGAUGUGGAUGUAAUCUCUGACAUACAGCUGAGCGGAAACGCAAGGGAAAUUCAUGGAUCAUCUGUAAAGGCAGAGGUGGAAGUAGAUGAGGAGGUUGAGACACCCAUAGACUCCACAGCCGACGAGGAUUUCGGAGAUUUAAGAGAUGCAACUCAGGGUUCCACAGACUUCAGCCGAACUGAAUCUAUAACCCAGGAAGGAUUUCCUGAAUUUGUCACUGCAAGGUCCAGGUGCUCCACAGAUGAUGAGUUUGGUGACAUGGACACCCUGAAGGACUUCAAGGAUGACAAUGAGCUGGCUGAGGAAGCAGUGGAUGAUGAAGUAGCUUUUUGUUCAGAGUUGCAUCCUAGUGACAGUUUUGCCGACUUUAGUUCAGCUCCGUUUGGAGGUGUGGCGAUGGGAAGGGAGGACAGCUGGGCUGCAUUUGGACCACCUGAAGCCACUGAAGAGGGUCAGGAUUCAUGGGCCACAUUUGGGGAUGAACAGAGUACUUACCUUGGUAAAGAAGAACAAGAUGUUGAGACUUCAGUAGCGCCCUCUAGCGACAACCCCCAGAGUAGCACUGCUGAUUUCAGCUGCAAAAUACAGCAUCUGUUCAGAACCGCUUUCCCUUCAGACAUCCGUCCUGAGGUCAGCGGGGUCACUGAGGUCUUGCCCCUCCACAAAUUCCUACAGGCUCAGGAGCAAAGGAUUACAAGCAGCUCUUUUACACAGGAGUCAGAGUCUCAUCUUGGGAAUGCAUUGGCCAUGUGGCGCCACCUUCAGGACAUCCUCGGCACUCAUGGUCUUAAGUACAAGUGGGCUGGUUCCCAUAGCAACAGAAUACUUCUGGAUUGCCUAGGAAUCAGGAAUAUUUUGUUCACUGGAGAUAAGAAGCAGCCAGUGAUCGUGCCUAUGUUUGCUGCUGGACUGGGAAUGCUGGAACCCACCAAAGAGUCUCAAAAAUCUCCAGCCUCCCCUGCACUUUCCCCUUCUGCUCCUGUGGAGAGUGGAAAUAUUCUAUGCACUCAGGUGGCAUCCUCUUUGGCCAUUAGUAUUGACGGUGUUGAUCCAGAGAUAUAUGAACUGACUACAGCUAAAAUGGAGAACACCAGUGGUCGCAACAUUACAGAUGCAUUUACAAAACUUAUGGAGUCUAUGGAGAAAACCAGAACAACGGCCAGGAAGCCAGAAAGAGAUGAAAAGAUAAGCGAAGAAGCAGCAAAGGUCAUCUCUCUUCUCCCUGACCUGUCCUUCAUGCAGGCCAGGGUCCUAAUGUUCCCCUCCAUCCUAACUCCAGCAGCCAAUCACAUAUAACCGAACAUGGCAUCAGCCAAUCACCUUGUGGCCUCAUCAUUCAUUGACAGUUCCAAAAACAGCUCAAGUCACUGUUUGUUCCAUAAAAAAAAAAUCACAUUUAAUAUAAAGAUUGAAUCUUUUAAAAGCUACCUAUUUCUUCACUUUCACAGUUGUUAUUUUUUUUAAAAACUGGAUUGAAUUGUCCUGGAAUAUGUGAAAAUGUCCCUGAUGAUUUAUCUUUAGCAGUAAAGACACUUCAUCUUUUAUAUACACAGUAUUUAGAAUAGCAUAUUCACCUUUUAUGUAUGAUAUAUGACUUGUUUAUUAUGGUUUUAUUUUUGAGUGCUGUUUGUGAAAAUGGGAGUUAUUUUCAAUGAGGUGAAAUGCAGAAUUGCACAUUUUACUACUUGAAACCAGAGACUUUAAAUGAAUACU